GAGCGUUCAAACAGGCUCACGAGCGUGGCUUGAAACCUCUGUGACGUUGACAACAUCCGAGCUCCAGCCGGGCUUUGAGCUCACAUGUCCACGGUAGCUCCCCUGCUAACUGUGUCCUGACCGGUGUUGAUCACCGGCCGGUCGGACGCUUUCCCCACAGACACGCGCACACACACGCGCGCGCGGUGUUAUAUGUGCACGCCGACCGACGAAGCUUGUAGCAUGUGUAGCCAGAACCCACCAGCGAGUGAGUGCGCAUGAGAAAGUGACCAGUGGAGUGAAAAACCUGCAGAAAUAGGAAUCAGUCUGUCAUAAACGUCAGUUGUUCUGAGAUGGACAGAGAAGCGGGUUGUUUUUUUUAUUUGGUAUGUUAUUAGCGCACGCUGUGUUGUCAUUAGGCAGAGGUUCACACAAAGGCUGUAACAACUGUCAGCAUCCACUCACCCUGCUGGUUGCUACUACCCUCAGUGUUUAGCACCAUCAAUGUAUGUGGUGAAGUGACCCCUAGUGGGUAAAUAGCUCCAGGAGGGAAUUGUCGACUGUCCAGAUGUCAUCAACAGACGGUCAGCUAUGUCUGAACAUCAGCAUGUCUUCAUCUGUAGCACGACCUCCACGACCUCGGCAGCGAUGGGGUCAGAAGAAGAGAUGCCGGAGCACCGAUAUGGAGGCGGGGCUUGUCGCAAAACAGAGGAGGCAAAGAACACCUGAAGGGCCAAGAAGCGGCAAGGAUGACAGGAAGAAGAGUGACAUCAUCAAGACCUCUUCUCUGUUCAAGCACAACCCACUUGUCCCUGACAUCAGCAGGCCAGAAGUGUCCCAAGUCACUGAGAAGAUUUUCUCCUCCGGCUCCUUCUCUGACCUGGACCUCCACCCUCACCUGGUGUCGACGCUGAAUAAAGUUCUGAACGUUUCUGUACUGACAAGUGUUCAGGAAGAGACUAUCCCAGUUCUCCUCUCUGGACGCGAUGCUGUGGUCCGCUCCCAGACUGGUUCAGGUAAAACUUUGUGCUACGCGGUUCCUGUGAUCCAAAAACUGCAGGAGGUCCAGCCAAAGGUCCAGCGCUCGGACGGUCCUCUGGCUGUCGUCAUUGUUCCCACAAGAGAGUUGGCUCUGCAGACCUUCCAGACAUUCCAGAAGCUUCUGAAGCCAUUCACCUGGAUCGUAGCUGGAGUUCUGAUGGGAGGCGAGAAGAGGAAGGCGGAGAAAGCUAGGAUCCGUAAGGGCAUCAACAUCCUGGUGUCAACGCCAGGGCGCCUGGUGGAUCACAUCAAACACACACUGAACAUCAGCUUCAGUGCCGUCCGUUGGCUGAUUCUGGACGAGGCCGACCGCAUCCUGGACUUGGGUUUUGAAAAAGAUGUGACCGUCAUCCUGAAUAGCCUGAACUCAAGUGGACCAGCGAGACAGAACGUGUUGCUGUCCGCCACACUCACAGACGGUGUGACGCGGCUGGUGGACGUAUGUCUGAAGGACCCGGUCAGUAUUCGUCUGUCUGCUCCUGCGUCGUCACAGGACGGCGAGCUGACCGUCCACUCUGAGCAUGGGCAAGGUUUCGCAGUACCGGAGGAGCUGAGUCAGUCGGUCGUGGUGGUCCCGAGUAAGGUCCGACUGGUGGUGCUGGCUGCCUUUAUCCUGGACAAGUGCAGGUCCUUGCAGGAGAACAAAGUCAUCAUCUUCGUGUCCAGCUGCGAGGGCGUGGACUUCCUGCACCAGCUCUUCACCUCCGUCCUUCUGACCAAUCACAAGCCGGCACUGGAGCUCCUGCGUCUCCAUGGAAACAUGAAGCAAGAGGAGCGCUCUGACGUCUAUCAGCGGUUCUGCUCGGCCCGAUCUGGAGUUCUGAUCUGCACAGACGUGGCGGCGCGGGGACUGCAUCUGCCGCAGGUCACGUGGAUCGUUCAGUACACUCCCCCCAUGGCAGCGGUGGACUAUGUGCACCGUGUGGGUCGGACAGCGCGCAUCGGAGGAGCAGGAAACAGCCUUCUCUUCUUGACCCCGGCAGAGACGACCUUCAUCUCUGAACUAGCCACGCACAACAUCAGCCUGACGGAGGUGAAGAUGUCUGACAUCCUGAGCAGCCUGAUGCUGGAUGACACCUACAAGGGGCGUGGCAAAUACCACAGCCAGAGCUCGGCAGCAGCUCUGGAACAGGAGAAGCGAGAGAGAGCGACGGUUCUCCAGACAAACUUUGAGAACUUUGUUCACUCAUCCGAGCAAACGUUGACGGCGGCCAAGACAGCGCUGCAAUCUUUCCUGCGAGCGUACGCCACGUACCCCCCCCACCUCCGGAAAUGCUUCCACAUCCGUGCGCUGCAUCUCGGCCACUGCGCCAAGAGCUUCGGCCUCAGAGACGCGCCGAGGGGCCUCUCUGCCGCAGGUAUGAAGACGCCUCGUCGGAGAACUGGGGAGAUUCGGGCAAGGAAACGAAACCCUGCUGAGACGAAAGCGACAGCGAGUCAGCGUGACAUGCAACUGCUGCGCUCCGAGUUCUCCAGCGGCUUGGAAGGUGGAACUAAGAGGCGGGGGAAGAAGCGUGGCACAGCGAACGACUGACUUCUGAAUAAAAGUGAAGGUCAAAGGUCGUCUUCAGGAGUCCUCAAGUUCUCACCCAACAAUGACUCAGUGAUGAUGUCACUGGCCCUGAAGAGUUUCCUCAGGACUGAGGGCCGAGCUGAUGGUCUGGAGAGGCGGAGAGACCUGGGAGCAGAACUGUCUGGGACUGAGAGGAUAUGGUUGUCCAUGUCCAUUGAGAAAGCCUGAGGAGAAACUCCCUGAUUUGACAUGUGAUCAAAAGCACGACUGGAACACCUCCGUUAUGGGAUGAGAAUGUGAUUUGAGUUUCAAGUGGCCUCCGACAGCAACCUUUAAUAGAAGCACGUGCAGUUUUAUACUCAAAAUUGACAAGCAUUGUUUGUUUUAUUUGUCUGUGCGUGUCACCUUGCUUCCCGGUGUUGCACUGAGUGGUGCAUGUGUGUGUUUGAACACUGCACUUUUCCUGUGUGGGUAUCUGGUAUAAAAGUGGACUGCACUGUGAGAUGUGUCACAUGUUCCACUUGUCCUCACCUGGUUUGUGUCAUGAAGUUCUUGGCUGAACUGUUGUGGGUCACAUGGUCCAGUAGCAAGUGCGCUCGUGUGACAAGUUGGCCACUGAUCAACUUUGGGGCUUGCUGCUGCUUGUUUGAAGUGAAGCAGAACUACCACAUCACGCUGUGGUCAAUCGUCGUCCACUCACCUUCAGCUGUGCCUUCCGUCCCAAGUGUGAAGCCUCGACCACCCUACUGGGUUUUGCCCAAAGGAGGCUCGGACCAAUCGUCAUGAUAUGAUCACUGCCGUCAUCUUCAUCGCCUCAUCAUAAUAAAGGCCGUCAAAUCUAAUCGCCAC